GCCAGAGUCUCUCAACACGGAGUUCUUCCUCUCAGAUCCAGAGCUCACUGUCACACGCUGUUCCAUUGCCAAAAUCUGAUCCUUAAUAUAGUCGUGUGAUAUGUGAUUUUUGUGAAGUUUUCCGUUCUUUUGAUCAUGUAGGUUUUUGAUUCAGUCAUGUUUCUUGGGUUCAAGAUGGGUCAGAAGUGGUAUAUGCCAAUGACAAGAAGGGUUCCAAGGAGGGUCUGGUUAGGGUUCCAAAAAUCAAUGGGCUUACUCGUGGGUGGUAAUCACACUUCCUCCAGGUUUUGUUCUCGUUAAUCACUUAUAACCUUUAGUCUGUGUGGUUCAAUUUCGAUCUUUUUAUCUGAUUUUUGUGGUAAAAAUCAAAGCUUUAUCCACAAUCCGGUUGCUCUACGGAUCUGAUAUUCGAAAAGACACCUGAAAAUCUAUCGAAAGUUUGCGGAGAAAGUAGAACAAUUUAUAUCCGAAAUGGAUCUUAAGGUCUUGAAAUGGCAAAUCCUACAUGGGUCAUUGGCCAGGCGUUUGCUUCUUAAAGCUUUCUUAUUCUCAUUGGCUAUGCUAAUUAUUUCGUUUAUCCAAAUUGCCCAAGAGGUUCGCAUAAUUGAGCAACCCAGGUUGAAUUUCGAUGAUUGCCCCUUGAAUGUUCGCUCAAAUGCUUAUGUGAAUCUCACCGGAUUUUUCAAACCCGGAUCUGCUUUGGCAUUCCCUCUCUUCGGAGCGUCUUGGUUGGUACCUUGCAAAGAGAGUGAAAAUUUGACUGUUGAAGUGUUUAAAGAGCUGAUGGAGAUGGAUUUGUUGGAUUCUGGUGCAAAAGUUCUAUGUGUUGGGAAGGGGUCGGCCUAUGAUGUAUUGGCAUUGCGAGAAUUGGGCUUAUUCGAUGCUUUUGGUGUUGAUAGACACCCAUUUUUCUCCCUAUUCCGGAAACGUUUCGUGUAUGAACUGGACUUCAAAGAUGAUUACUUUGAUUUUGUGUUCUCUAGAGCUGUUGAUAGGGUGUCCGUUCCAGCUCUUCUCUUGCUUGAGAUUGAACGUGUUUUGAGGCCUGGUGGGGCUGGUGCUAUGCUUGUGGGCUCCCGGAGCUUCUACACAAGCAACUUGAUAAGGUCUGCAACUCCAGUUUCAUCGUUCUUGAAAAGUUCCGAUGUGGUUCAUGUGUGCAGUAUUGGUUCCUGUACUCUGGUAAUUUUCAAGAAAAGGCUUCAGAGUGUCACUGCCCUUGAGCAUUUCCGGCUUCCUCAAGAGUGCCCUUCGGUUGAAAACAACAAGCCUUUCAUGAAGUACAUCGAGCCUCUUGUAGAUGAAAAAGCAGGACAACUUGAAACAGAGCUUUCAUAUCUGCCCAAUUUCAUGAAUAUUUCAUCAAGAAAUAGGUUAAUAUAUGUCAAUGUAGGUGCAGGGGAAUUCACAAAUUCCACUGUUGCAAAAAUGUUUAAGCACUAUUAUCCUAUCCACCCCCAAGCAUUCAAUGUUUUCGUCGUUGAUCAUGACCCUUCUGUGCUCUCUUCUUAUGUGAAAAAAAACCCUCGUAUCAACUUUGUUUACGACCCUAGUCUUGCAGGAGAUAGUGUGACUGCCAGUCUCGACUCUGAUGAAUAUUUGAGUGCACCACUGGAUGAAGAAGUGUUUGACUUGGUUCGCUGGUUUAAAGAAACAAUCAAAGAUGGAGACUUUGUGGUCCUGAUGAUGAAAGCACGAGAGGUGGAGCUGAAAUUUCUCUUGGAAUUGUUCAAAACUGGAGCAAUAUGCCAUGUUGAUGAACUCUUCCUUCGUUGCACAGAUGCUGUGGAUUGCAAAAGUGCUACAUGUGGAGACUGCAUGAACCUCUUCAGGGUUCUCAGAAACAGUGGCGUCUUUGUCCAUCAGUGGUUCGGAAACUGAAUCCCUGUUGGCGAAUUUCGUACCUUCUUGUCGGAGACUAUCCCGAUUAUCGGGGAAUAAAUUGAGGUGUGGACGGAGAUUGUUCUUGCAGUCUGCGGACUCGGCUCUGUUGAACUUUAUUUGAUCUUGUUUCAUGUAUGGACUUGUUUGUUCUAAGUUCCUCGUCUGGUUGUGUGGAGGAAACUUUAUCUGUGCUUCAGUAUUAUGACAAUUAUGUAAUAAUUGCCUUUUUGGGCUUGUGUGCUUUCAUACCUGUCUCCUACAUGCUUGAGUUUGAGGUUGAUAAUCGAACAAGUUCAA